GAAUAUCCAUCUCCUAUUUCCUUAUCCGCACCCUAUACUAUUUUUGCACUCUCCCAACCAAUUCAUCAAACGCGGGCGAGAGAUCGGGAGGGGAGUACCUAUCGUACAUGCUACACUUCUCAGGUGGUGAAUAAGAAGCGGAGGCGCGCUGGUAAUGCAGAAGUUGCCGUAGCUAUUGAUGGAGAAGGUGUCAAUAUUUACGAUGUAUGUUGGAUCCUAUUUUUUCCCAAGUAGUUUUCCUGACAAUUGGCUAGGUACGUUCCACCCAGCUGUUAUCAGGCCACGCGCUUCCACCUACGACUAGAUUCUCCUGCGCGCCCGUAUCUUCCGCAAUGCGAAUUUCGAAAACAAGACUGUUGAGAAAGACGUACGCUGCUGUAUCGUUCCCCAAAAAGCAGAUUGUUUGCUGGGAGGAAAACGACGUCCGUGGCGGACAGGACAUUGAGCUGGAAUCGACUCCUAUAACGCCUAUAUCUCGGAAUAAUGAUUCUAGACAUGAAGUAGUGCAUCUCCAUGAUCUAUCCAUGGGUGGAGGCACAGGGAUUCUAGUGGUCCACAAGGAUGGCUGCAUUCGUUGCCUUUCAGCAGAUUUGAAGGAGGAGCUUUGGGCACUUCGGCCAUCGGAUCCCCCCACUGCCGGAGCCGCGAGGAAGAUAUCUAAACCUCCAGAAGUAGUUUAUGCCGUCACCGCUGAUUUAAGCGUCGUGCGCAAAACUCUAUUGAAGAACAGGCCCGAUGUUCUUAUUCCAGGGUGUGGUACGGAAGACACUCGGGAAUCCGGGGAUCUCAUUUUAUUCACCGUGAUUCAUACUGGCAGCUAUUUUCAGACCCGUCUAUCCCUAAUACCCACAGCGCAAGAAGCGGGAAAGAGCGCAAGUGAGCUUCUUGUUUCAGAUCUUUUGGCAGCGGAAGGUGACCAGCAUUCCAUAUUCUCACUUCACUUAUCUUCUGCUACACUUUACCAACUUUCAGCAACGUAUUUGACCACAUUCUCGCUUGGACCAACCGUGCCUACAGUUGCAUCUUCCCUCCGAGUCCCAAAAGGAUCAGAUGAGACCCAUCAUAUGUGCUCUCUUCUCAGAAUCUCCUCGUCGACAGUUCUUGUAGCAACCCAUGAAGAUAUCUCGUUAUAUGACACAAGGUUUUCAUCUCUACAAGCUCGCGCACCGCUGCACCAAAGCUCCACCUCUUCCUUGCUUGCUAGUAGUGAACUGCCAAGAGCAAACUCUACUGCCCCGGGACUAGAUGGAAAGCCUGGGGGCCAAAUAUUCUUGACUAGUUAUAUCCAAGAACUCGAUUUGGCAAUCGGAUAUUCCCAGGCUGGAAUUGUUGGUGUGCAAUUGACACGCACGGGUGGAAGACCUGGUACUAAAACUGAAGCGAGGAGGAGGAGUGGGCUUUUGAUUGAUAGCCUAUGCCGCGGUGUUGAGAUGGUUGCCGUAGGAAUAUCUAAAAAGCAAGCGCCUGUUGCUCCGGAGUCAAGAAAGCUUUUAUCGAGGUUGGCAUCCGAGAGGCGAGCUGUCGGGAAAGCUAUUUGGGAUUUGAAGGAGGCCAAGAAGGCUGGUGAUCUCCGCAAAUUCGAACAAAUCUUUGCAGAGCAGGUGGGGGUUAGCUGGAAGCUAGAGGAAACCGAACAGGCCGAGGAUACCCCUAUGAUUAACGGAACCUCUGAUUUAGAAGUGGCAAAUAUGCAUCCCUCAAUUGGUAAGCCCGUUCCCGGGUUUGCUCCUGAACAGGACGGGGGCUAUUUUCCGGAGAUUUAUAAACCUCUCCGUCAUGAGUUUGUGGUGGCUGUGCUGGAUAUGGUAUUCGAAACUUCCUCAGACGAUAACGCUGCGAAACGCCUCAGUGUAUCGUUUUAUCCUCCGAAUGUAUUCAGGUACCUUAUUGAGUCCGGUAACUUCUCCGAGACACUCAUUAGGUCCUACAGCGGCCUUGUGCAAUGCCUGGCGGAAUUCGAUCCUUCGUUGAGGACUCUGGAGUGGAUAUUGGGGGUCGCUGGUGAGAUUGGUCUUGGAGAGGUCAUAAAGGCCAUUGAGAUCGGUCUGAAGCGUGGGAAUGUGAGUGUUGACGGCGAAGACCAAAUUGUUCUUGAUGUUAUCAGAAGCGAAGUCAUGAGGCUUGCUCUCGUCAGGUUGAACGGCUUUCCAGCGGAAGCGGUUGCCAAAGCUCUGAAGACCGGGCUAGGGGACCAGGACCUGAUGGAUCUUAUACACCUUUUGCGCAAGGAACUCCUAUUCGGUUGGCAGCUGAGUGGUGAAGUUGGAGUAGGUAUCGGGAUCGAGGAUGUUGGGGUUGUUGCAGACAUUCUCACGGUUGCACUUGAUACGGUUGGUGUUGGGGGGUUAGUCCUGGACAAUAGCAGUGAUGAGUUCAUUCAGGAAUUGCGUAAUGAGGUUACGGCUGUUGUUGAAGGCGUUCAGGAAGCCGCGGCGCUCAAAAGCAUCUUGGAGGAGGUACUUAGACAUGCGGAUUGGAGGGUGGCGACGGUCGAGAAGAAGCAGGCGGGUGAAAAGCAGGCCAAAAGGCGAAAACGGAAGCCUAAGGUGACCAAGGCAGACGUAAGGGGGACUGGGGAACGGGGGACGGGAAGAAAGAAGGGGGGGAAAGGGAUGGUAGCAAAUGGGCUUCAGAAUGGGGGGCUGGUGGAGGGUGAAGAGGACAAGAUGGAAUUGGCUCUCGGAUACCCUGCAGAGUCUUCGGGAGUUACCCCUUCAGAAAGCUUAGUGGGCGAACCAGCGGACGAACGGGUAGAGGGGUUUCCCCCCUCGAAACUGCGGGCCGAGGAGUUACAACUUCAAAAUGAGAUUGGGAGCAAUGUGGUAGGGAGAGCGAGGGAAAUACCGGCAAAGAGCGUAUCUGUGGCAAAACAUUUGGUGAACUCUGGGCCUAUAAUCAAAACGGAUGCGUCGGUCGUUAGCCCGCUAUUACCAUUAGGUGUUCCGCCGGCGCCAAUUUCGAGGAUUAGUUUGGUAACGGCGCAGCCUGCAGGAAGCAGUAUCAAUUUCAAAGAGCUAAGACGGCUGAAUAGAAGGAAGAUUAAGGAGGCUAGUUAUAGGGAGAGUAUGGUCGCUGGAGUUUAUUCGGUCGAAAGUAUGCUUGUUUAGAGGUCUGGCAGAAAAGUUUGACGAAAAGCGGUAGUUUCCGUUUUCAAAUCUGUUUGUGGGAGUGAUUGAUCUGUACAUUAGACUUUAUAUUUACUUGGUAUGUAUCCU